AUGACGGAACCUGAAUUUGGCUAUGAUAAUGGAAACUUUUGAAGUGAUUUAUGAAUGACAUGGGUAUUUGAUUUAAUAAGCUAUUGAAACCAAUCUAAAUCCAAAAAGUCAAAUAUAGUAGCAAUUCCACAUCGAAUGAAAUUCGAGGAAUCCUUAUUUGUAUUAGAAAAAGAAUGAGAAAUCGAGCGAAAAUCCUUAAAGCCAAAUUUUUUUAAGGCCUUAAAGAAGACUUUUUGGUGGGAAAUUACAAAAUAUUCUAUAUAUAUAAAGCUUGGACAACUGUUUGGAUUACUUCAAGCAGUAAUUAUGAUUUUUCUGAUAGAUUUUUUUACGGAUGAUAAUGCUUUUAUUGCAGAAGGAAUCAUUUUAGUAGCUUGCUUAGCUAUACUCUCCUUAAUGAGUGUUUCUUUAUAUGCACUCGGCGCAUUUCAUGUGAGACUUCUUACAUUGAAAAUAAAAUCUAUUGUUCCAUAUAUUAUUUAUAAAAAGGUUUUAAAAACCUCAUAUGAGGAAAUUUCCAAUAGAGAUUUCCAAAGUAAACUCCCUAAUACCAUUGCUGCGGAUAUGGAAAAUUUUAAUUAUCUUGUGCCUAUAGCAAUGAUGAUUGGCUGCCCAUUCAUUUUUGCAAGUUCAUUUUUUAUAAUAGGAAUUCUUACAGGAUGGGCUGGAAUUAUUGGAUUGACUGUUUUAUUAGUUCAUUAUCCUAUAGCGAUUGCUUUAUCUAGCAUCUCAAGUUAUUAUAGAAAAAGGGUGUCAGAGUUCAGCGAUAAAAGGAUUAUGCUGAUCACUAAUUUAAUAGAAGGCAUUAAGGUUGUAAAACUCUAUGGCUGAGAAGACCCAUUUUUGAGACUUAUAUAUGGGGAGAGGUCAAAAGAAAUAAAAGAGCAGGAAAAGCAGUUUAAUAUUAGCUCUGUAAAUAAUGCUAUGGGAGUUUCAGGAAUAGGAGCAGUUUUUCUUGUGACAUUUGCAUUGUACAUUCAUCUUGGGAAUACUUUAGAAUUAAGUGCAGUAUUCUGUGUUGUUGCAGUCAUGAUGAUGGUAUAUUCUUUAUUAAUCAAGACAGGUGUAGUUGCAGCAUUUAGCAUGGCAUCAAUUUUAUUAUCAAUGGAAAGGAUAACCCAAAUUUUAUUAUUGAAUGAAAAGAAUUCUAAAAACGAAUUUAAUGAUUGCGAUGUAUUAGUAUCAAUGGUAAAUGCAAGCUUUUCUUAUAAACCAAAAGAUGAAAUACAAGAUGGAAAUAUUUUUGAAGAAAAUUUAAUGAAUAAUAAUAGCGAUGAAGAUGUUCUCACAGAUAUAAAUUUUCAGCUCAGAAAAGGUGAGCUAAUGAUUGUUGUAGGACAAGUAGGAAGUGGAAAAACAAGUUUACUACUAGGAUUAUUAAAUGAAAUAUUUUUAAAGGAAGGAAAUGUCAAUAUAUCAGGAAAGAUUUCAUAUUCAGGGCAAGAUUCCUGAGUUUUGCCAGGGACAAUAAAGGAAAACAUUCUCAUGGGCAAUGAAUAUAACGAAUUUCUAUAUAAAAAUUCUAUAAAAAUCUGUGGGCUCGACAAAGAUCUUGACUACUUCAAAUUAAAGGAUGAAGCAACUAUUGGAGAUAACGGAGCAGCAUUAAGUGGAGGGCAAAAAGCUCGGCUAAGCCUUGCAAGAGCUUUAUAUAGCAAUAAAGAUAUAAUGCUUCUUGAUGAUCCAUUAAGUGCCGUUGAUGCUAAAGUGAGCUCCUCUAUAUUUAAGAAUUGCAUUAAAGAGUUUCUUAAAGACCAUGCAGUUAUAUUAAUCUCACAUCAUAUUCAUCUGAUACCAGAAGCCGAUAAGAUUUUAUACUUAUUUAGGCUAAAUAUUUUAAAUAAAAUAUGAAUUUGAAUUUAAUUUAAUUUAUAGAUAAUCAGCAUAGUGCUUAGCCAAGGGAAACAGAUAUUUUUUGGUGAAUAUCAAGAGUUUCAAGAACGGCAUGACAUAAGCCAUUAUGUUGGAGAAUUGAAUACCUUAAAAAAUGCAAAGGAGAAUUGAGAUAUUAAAAGCAAUAAUGAAUUAAUGAUAGAAGAAAAGCCUGAAAUGGCUGAAACGGUUAUAGAGGAAGAAAACGAUCUAGCUCCUAUUUCAUUGAAGACAUAUUACAAGUAUUUUUCAUACGGUUUUAACUCAUAUUGUCUUCUGGGAGGAGCUAUUUUGUGAUUAUUACUAUCACAACUAUCAAGUAUAGCUGUAUUAUAUUGACUUACUUUCUGAUUCGCACAAGUAGAAACUGAGCAAUCAAAUUUAUAUUAUGUAUGAUUUUAUGCAAUAAUUAUAUGCAUAAAUUACGUAACUACUUUUUUAAGUUCUUUAGUACUGAAUUAUGGAUUGACACUUGCUGGGAAAUGCUUGCAUAAUAAAGCAUUAGAAAAUAUGUGUAAAACUAAUAUACAGUUUUUUGAUAAAAACAGUAUCGGAAAAAUGAUUAAUCGGUUUUCUAAAGACACGUUUAUGAUGGACGAGAUAUUGCAUACUGUAUUAUGCCAUUUUAUUAGCCAAGUUUUCGAUUUAUCGGGAAUCCUUAUAUCUAUUGCAAUUAUUGUUCCGCCUGCUGCAGCAUUAGUGAUAUUUUAUUUCCUAAAUACUCUAUGGUUUUCUCAAUUUAUAUUUCCAAUGAUUAAAGAUCUCACCACCUUAGCAUUAGAGUCAAAAGGUCCAAUUCUAAGUCUAGCCAAUGCAUCAAUACACGGAAUAGCAACAAUCAGAUCACACAAUCUCGAGAAUAAACUUAUAACAGACAUGAAAAACAAUAUAGAGUACAACUGCAGAUGUGAAUUGAGCAAAGAAAUAAUUUUCCGUUUUUAUCAAUUUUAUAUGGAAAUCUUUACUUCUCUACUAUGCAUCAUGAUAGCUAUAGUGCUUAUCCCAUGAAAAAAUUUCAUAACCCCUGAUCUUGCAGCUAUAUGCAUUUGUUUCUUGAUUUUAGCUAUGCAAACUUCUAUGUCAUGGGCAGAUUGCAUGCUUGAAAUUGAUAUUUUGAUUAUUUCUCCACAAAGGCUGAUGGAGUAUGCUGAUCUGCAGCAAGAAGGAAAAUUUGACUCAGAUGAAGGCUUCAAUAUUAAAUAUGGAAAAAUUGAAUUUAAAAAUAUUUUUAUUUAUAUUAAUAAAGAUUGGGUCCAUUUUUUAAUAAUAAAAAUAAUUCAGUUAUUUCUUAUAUAAGGGGUAUAUGAAAUAUGGAGAAAACUAUCCUUAUGCUUUACAUGAUUUAAAUUUUGCUAUAUAUCCUGGAGAAAAAGUUGGUAUUGUUGGAAGAACUGGAUCAGGAAAAUCCUCCAUAAUGAAUGUCUUGUUUCGGAUUAUAAACCCUACAUUGGGAACUAUAUUUAUAGAUGAUCAAGACUAUAAAAGUGCAGGUCUUCAUCAAUUGCGUAAACAGAUGUCAGCCAUCACUCAGUCCCCUAUAAUAUUUAUGGCAAGCUUCAGAGAUAAUAUUGACCCAUAUCAUGAAUAUACAGAUGAUGAAAUAUGGCGCACUUGCAAGCAGGCAGAUUUAUAUGAUCUAGUCAAAUUUUUGCCUAAUAAACUUGAUACAGUUCUUUUAGGGCCAGAAUGCAGUUUAUCAGCUGGGGAAAAACAGUUAGUCUGCCUUGCAAGAGCUUUAAUAAGAAAUAGUAAAAUUGUGAUGAUGGAUGAAGCAACUGCAAAUGUAGACCCAAAAACUGACAGAAUUGUCCAUAAAAAAAUAAAAACAAUGUUUCCUGACAGUACCAUGCUUAUUAUAGCUCAUAGACUAAGGACUAUAAUUAAUGUUGAUUUAGUGAUAGUGAUGGAAGAUGGGACUUGUAAAGAAAUAGGUCGUCCAAAGCAGCUUAUUAAUAACAAGAAUUCUUUGUUUACUCCCCCCCCAUCCUUGAUCGAACGAUUGACUGUAAAAAUUCCUAAAAAUUGGAGAAAUUCACAUCCUUGAUCGAACGAUUUUCAUAUCAUGCAAAUUUUUAUAUAUAUAAAAAUAUAUUAUUUAUCAAAAGCUUGGGAAGAUGUACAUAAUGAAGUUAUUUUCAGAGCUUUGAGAUGACAGAAAGCUGCGGAAUCAACCAUCUGAAGUGAUUUAAUCAUCAACCUAUGCUUAAAAAUUCAAUAAUCUAAUAAAAUAGAGAUUCUUUAAAAUUUUUAAAAAAAAAAAAAUUAAUUUAAUAAGGAACAAAUUAAAAUUUAUACAGUUUUAAAAGGGUAACUAAUAAAUCAAAAUAUUAAAAAUUGGUAUUUUAUGAAAUUAAUUCAAUUUUUUGCUGUAAAAAUAAUUAUUAAAUACUCUUAACCCUCUUAUUUAAAAGUAAAUAAAAAAAAAUAUAUAUAUAUAUUUUUUAUUUUAUAUAUAAAAUUGUUUUCCCAAAAAAUUUGUUUUUAACCCCCAUCCUUGAUCGAACGAUGACGAGUCGUUCGAUCAAGGAUGGGGGGGGGAGUUAGAAGUUUGAUUUUACAUACUGGGCCUCAAGAAUCAGAAUAUUUAUUAGAAAAAUUAAAAAAUAAUUAA